UAUGCAGCUCAGAAUUGUGGUAAAGUGCUUAAUUGGAGUGCUUGUGAUUGUUCACAACGCCAUAGGAUUAUCCGAACAGCAAUGUUCGGCAGAUGUUGCGAAAAGGAAAGUUGUGGCGCUGAUUUUGGCUCGUGGAGGCUCUAAAGGGAUUCCAUUGAAAAAUCUGGCUAUUCUCCAAGGAGAAUCUUUGCUGUUAAGAGCUCUUAGGGUCGUUAAGAAUUCGAAAAUAUUUUCGGAAAUUUGGGUUUCCACAGAUAAUGAUUUGAUUGCCUUGGAAGCAAGGACUGUGAGUAAGAUUUUUGUACAUCACAGGCCCGAAUCCGAAGCUCUGGACACAACGUCGUCCAUUGAGAGUGUUCAAGAAUUUCUUCAUCACCAUCCAGAAAUUGAAAAUGUCGCUCUGAUUCAGUGUACGUCAAUAUUCCUCAGGGAAACUUAUUUGGAACUAGCUUAUGAACUCUUCCAGAAGUCAGACUGCGUCUUUACGGUUACAAAAAGUCACAAAUUGAGGUGGAAGUUCUCCAAUAGUCAACUUCUUCCUAUUAACUUUGAUCCCACCAAGCGCCCUCGUCGUCAAGAUUGGGACGGAGAACUCCUAGAGACCGGAAUGUUCUACUUCGCCACGAGAAAUCUUCUGGACAGGGGAGUGUUUCAGACUAACAGUUGUGGAUUUGUAGAAAUACCAUCGCAAGACGCUCUUGAAAUUGAUAAGAAAUCCGAUCUGCAAUUGGCGCAAUGUCUUCUGGAGUUGUAUUAAGAUAUUUCUCAUUUUUUAUAUAAUCGCUGUAAUCACUUAUGAAACUUCUCAAUUUCGCAAUACAUUAGUCGUCAUAUCAGUAUUUUUGUGCGCAAAACGCAUCAUAUCGCAUAUUGAGUAAAAAAAAAACGAGGCAAGAGAGACUGUGGAAUAAAUUUACAUAAUCUCUCCAAAUAGAAGCGAUUGUGGGAAUCGAGAGGAAAUUCAAUCCAAGUCCCGAUCAUCUGCAG